AAUACACACGCAAAGGAAAAGAUAAAAACAACAAGAAAAUUGAAGAAUUUGUGUUAGGCAGAAGCAGCUGAAAGACCAAGUUUCUUCUCCAAACUGAUAAAGGCUAGCGUUGUGAUUGUGUUUGUGUUGGGUCUUUGUUGGAUCAUCUCCUUCGCUACUUCACUCAGAGUGUGCAUGCACUGAUGCAACCCCGUUCCCUUAUCGUGAAUCGAGAUUUCUCUUGCGAUCAUUGAACCUUUUGAAUCAAAUUAGGUUUAGGUUCCGACUUCGAUUGGAUUUAGCAUUUAGGGUCUGUUAGGUGUUGGUGUAAUUGUUUGUACCUUCUCGCGGAGGAACUUGUUGGAGAUUGGAGAUGAAUCAGAGGGGUUUAAUAUAUAGCUUUGUUGCCAAAGGAACUGUUGUUUUAGCGGAACACACACAGUAUACGGGGAAUUUCAGUACCAUUGCUGUUCAGUGCCUGCAGAAGCUACCUUCAAAUAGCAGCAAAUACACGUAUUCCUGUGAUGGGCACACCUUUAACUUCCUCAUAGACAAUGGAUUUGUUUUCCUUGUUGUUGCUGAUGAGUCAGUUGGAAGGAGUGUUCCUUUUGUAUUUCUUGAUCGGGUGAAGGAUGACUUUAUGAAGCGCUAUGGAGCAAGCAUUAAGAAUGAUAGUACCCAUCCACUUGCUGAUGAUGACGAUGACGACGAUUUGUUUGAGGACAGAUUUAGCAUUGCGUAUAAUCUUGAUAGAGAAUUUGGACCAGCACUCAAGGAGCAUAUGCAGUAUUGCUUGAAUCAUCCAGAGGAAAUAAGUAAACUAUCAAAGUUGAAGGCUCAAAUAACUGAGGUUAAGGGAAUAAUGAUGGACAAUAUUGAGAAGGUUUUGGAUCGUGGAGAGAAGAUUGAGCUGCUGGUGGACAAAACAGAAAACUUGCAGUUCCAGGCUGACAGCUUCCAGAGGCAGGGCAGGCAGUUGAGAAGGAAGAUGUGGCUGCAGAAUCUCCAAAUGAAGCUGAUGGUGGGAGGAGGAAUCCUUACCUUAGUCAUAAUUCUGUGGGUUAUUGCAUGUGGGGGUUUUAAAUGUUGAUGGAACCACAAGAAGUUGAAGUCAUAAACUGUAAUUAAGCUUGUGUGGAGAACUGCUAGUUAUCUUGAAUCAAGCUUAUACUUUAGAUGCCAUUUCUGGAUUUGUUGUGUAUAUCAUGACAAUGAUUUUAGCAUUAUAUAGACUAUUGCCACUUUCCCUGUCU